AUGUGGCACCAAAGGCAAAGGGGGGAGGCCAACAAUUUCACACAGAGUACCGCUGCUGCUUUUUGCUUCAUCACAUCACUGCUGUUCUGUUUUCGGGAAGGAAUCUGAGGAAGGAGCUACAACACUGGUUAAAGUGUACAGCUAGAUAUUCCGUGUCGAAUCCCGUUACCCCCCCGGUGCCUGCUUUUGGCGCUUCUCAUCCGUCGCUGGUGACAAGAGAGGUAUCUUCCUUUUUGCCCUCGCGCAAUCCAAAGCAGCCCCUCGGAGCAGGUGUCUUCCAUGGAUCGUAUUCCUUUUUUCCGUCGUGCAUUCCGACGCAGCCCCUCGGAGCAAAUGUCUUCCAUGGAUCGUGCCGCACUGAUUGCGUUGUUUCAUUCGACUGAUGGAGCAAAUUGGAAAAGGAAAAGGAACUGGAACACGGACGCGGGGCUGGCUACUUGGGAGGGGGUCAGACUUAACCACGCGGGCCGUGUGGUGGAGCUGGCCCUGCCGAACAACAACCUCCACGGGUCCAUUUCCGAGGCGCUUGGAGCUCUCAGCGAGCUGCAGGUGCUUUCCAUUAGCAACAACAAGCUCACUGGUGAGACUGGAUGGCGUGCGAAGAUUGAUUCCUUUCGUGUCUCGCCCACGCGGGUCCNUGGAGGUCUCGGCAAGUUGAUAGCUCUCCGGCUCAACGGCAACGAACUUACCGGUAAGGGAGAGUGAAACUCCGUACGAUGUGAGAGCAAUGCCGCGUAGGACCCCGCAGGUGAUGGUUUGCCGUAGACCCGUUCAAACUUCAUGAUGUCGUGUGAUAGCAGUCGUUUGGAUCUGGCGGUCGUGCUUUACUGGAACCCCUCCGUCCCGAAGGACCUCGGCCGUGUAUGCCGCUGUUGUAUUCGACGACACGCUGCCUGCCUAUGCAAGUCCCUCACUUUGAAUGAUGCAUGUGGCGGCGCCUCGGUUGUACUGUAGCAGGGCUCCUCCCCAAGGUGCCGGGGAUGCAUCCCGCCAACAGACCCCCUGUUGGGUAGUUCUCGACAUUCUGCCACAGGUCGUCCCGGUGGUCUAGUGGUAGACUCGGAACCGCUAGUAGCAAAGUCGUCGUGAGUUCGAGUCCCCAUGGGGUGAAAUAUUUACAACUUUGUGGGUGAAAGCGAAAAGAAAGGAUGAAAACGUCGUACCAAACUUCGGCAUUAGCACCCUUGACGAGGGAAAGGGACGGUUGAACUCUUCUCGCGAUAGAAAAUGUACACUCAGCAAGCACGCUUAGCAGCGGUAACGUGGGGCACGAAAAAAGAAAAGUAAUGAGCAACAAGCCACGGUGCUUACCCCCUCCUGGGUGACCCUGGAUGGUUGUAGUUGUACGAAAAUAAUACACUGAAAAGUGCAGUAAUCUUUGUACACUGAAACACGUGUGGUGCACGUCUCAACACGAAAAGUGGGGGCUGUCGCCAUAAUACAAAUGGCGAAAACACACAAAACGCGUCUUGCGAUGUCGUGGCCGCGUUCUGUACAUCGGUGGAGGUUGAGCUAUGGUUCUGAGGGCCCCAAGACUUUGGAACGGUACUGUACGAGGGGAUGACGACGUCACAGUGCCCAACCAUUGCCAAUGCAUUCUUGUGAGAACCAAAUACAUUGCCCGGGCGGGUGGCUUUUGCCGCCGCCCUGUCUCUGUAUCGCUCAAUUUAUUGGCGCACGGCUAACGUGAUGACCGUAAAAUCAAGAGCAAGAAGGGUGUGAUCGUGACGCCGUAUCCCUGUCAAGAUCAAGAACCAAUUCCUAUACAUCACACACUUCGCAGCAGGUCAAACAUUCGGUUGAGCGGGGUGCGGGGGUUGAACCGUAAACAUGCGAAUAUGGAAGUAGAGCAGAGAAAUCGCUAUCCGGUGUCCAACGUUGCCUUGUCUUGAACAUAGCCAGCGGCAAGGAACAGAGACAAGAAGCACGAAAUGGGUCCGCGCGGAAACACGUGAAGGACCGUGCGGAAUCUCGCAGCCUCCGGUCGCAGCCCUGGGAUUGGUGACUUGAUUGAAUGGGAGCCAUUGACAAGUGCAUUGAGACCGUCGUAUGCUAGGACAUGUCUGACCCGGCGGUGCUUGUCGUGCAAUCCACAUCCUCGAACGUGCUCCGGCAGUCAUGAAACCUCUUGUUGGUUGAACACCGUACCGGCGCCGGCAUUCGUAUUUUACCCGCAAGGUCCGGCGGGACGAUGACGAGCCUUGAAUAGCAUGCGAUGCAUAUUUGUCCAGGUUCCAUCCCUCACGAGUUUGGAGCUCUGCGCAACCUCAAGAGGCUUGACAUCGCCAGCAACAGCCUGACCGUGUCUGCGUUCCAGGAAACAUCCGGAAAGCCGUCACGAAGCUUGUACUAGUGGUCAAACGACGAAUGAGGAUCCUGAGAUUGCGCUGCUCUUCGAAGAUAGGACAAUGCACGCCACUCCAAAUGCACCACAAAGCAAGGGGAGGCCGACCGAAUGAACAACCUUUUGGACCUUAACAAGUUUCCCUCGCACCGGCCAUUGCAAUACCGUGAAGGCGGGACGGCAUCCACGGAGAUGGAUUUGAGCGCAAUAUCCGAACCAAUGAACUUUUGAUAGGUGUUUGAACUCACUCACCGACAUCCUGUCCCAACCCUCGAACUUUCACCUACACGAACUCAUCUAUUGUGGUGGGAGAGGGUCUGGACUAGAUUUACCCACGAGACAUACACCUCACUUCUUGUGUGACUUUAUCAAGUUGUCUAUCUGUGAUAGCCGAUGUGUUGUUUCGUGAGACGAUGGCUGCGAAGUAGUCAAAUUUGGUGGGCUAAUCGUGUGCGGCCGGUGGCGUCCCAGGAAAGCCAUAACAUUUCCAGAGACGGUUGUGGGCUGGUAGCCUUAGGUCGGGUAGUAUCGAUGAUGCAAUAUUUCAGAAUGUCGUCUCAAGUCGCUUUCUUUGCUGCAGGCAGAGCACCAUGAAUGCUGCGAAGGGAUAAUCUGUUGUCCACUAGUUUGGUGCAGACACUCGAUCAGGCACCAUGGAGGCUCUGUCUCUUGCCGCUCUCUCUGUCGCGCUCUCAGUAACCACAAAGGGCGAGUGUAUGAUCAUGCUGGCAAGGAUAGCCCGGGAAUGUCGCGCAAAAGCAGAAUCAAUGAAAAUACAGAAAGUGGGGAAACGAUUAUUGUAUCAACAUUGAUACAAUAGAAAUGUAUAUAUCGGACUCUUCUUGUA